AUGACAUUCUUCGUUUUCAGCUUAACUCUGCUGCUGCAGCUCGCCUCAGCCCAUUUCUCUGUUAAAUAUCCCACCUGGCGUGGUGAUUCCUUUUCAACACAGUGGAACAGACCAUGCGGAGGGGUCAAUGUGACUAAUAACCGAACACAAUGGCCACUGGACGGAGGUUCCGUCCUCUUUAGCCCCAGCCAUCCGUGGGCAAUAACAUAUGUGAAUCUCGGUCUCGGCAGCGACGACAAAGUUAUCUUCAAUAUCUCCCUGGUCUCAGGUUUCAAUCAAACUGGGAAUGGCACGUUCUGUUUUCCAAAAAUCCAAAUUCCACCUUCGUUAAACUUCGCAGCUGGGACAAAUGCGAGUCUUCAAGUCAUUCAAUUAUCGGAACUAGGAUCUGCGUUGUAUAAUUGUGCCGACAUCACCCUCUCCAAAGAUACAAGACUUCUUUCAACUGAGAGCUGUGCCAACUCCUCAGGUAUCAACUGGAAGCCCCUUGGAGCAGCUACUAGAGGACCAUCGAACACCACCCAAAAAGGAGUUGGGUCUGUGCCCAUAAUUGAUAAAAGUGUCAUGAAUAUGUGGCUCGGUGGGGUUGUGGCAUUUUGGCUCUGGAACUGGUGA